AUGAAUCGCUCCUGCUCGUCUUCAUCGGUUCUUUCUGCGGCUUCGAGUCUGAGGUCGUCGUCGCCGUCUCAGGAAUGUGCGCUGAGGCAUCUCGGCCUUCUUCUGCCUCCGCCUCCUUUCGCGUGCCUCCCUCCCCACUUGACUCCGCUGCUCGGGCAGAUCUGUUUAGGGAAGCAGGCGGACGCGGGAGAAGGCGCCCGCGAGCACAAGGGACGCGAAGACAGAGAGAGUCUCUGCGGUGACAUUGCAGUCCAGAACAGCUCGGCUCUGGGGAAAUGGACCUUGCCCGAGGAGGCGCUCCUGUUCGAUCCCUUCGUCGCCGCAUGUGGGGACUCUCCCCAGACAGCUGCGAAUGCAGGCUGUCUCUCUACCUCCUCUUCGCCUGCUGCCGGCGGUCUGCGCGGGGAAGGCCGAGACCUUCUGGGCCGCGAACGCCACAUCUUUGGAAACUCGCCAGUAAACGAGGUGGAGCAAGCGGCGAUCGACAGGGUCGUCGCGGAACUGCGCAAGGCGCCUGGUCGACUCUCGGCAGGAGGCGCCGCAUGGAGGGACGGGGAGAAGCGCGGAGCCGACGGGGAAAACGCCACCGUCUGGAUUGAACAACAGAUUCUUCGCUUUCUGUACAGCAGUGGGUUCGACAUCAACAAAACGAUUGACCUCAUGCAGUCGGCGCUUGUGUUCCGCACGCAACACCUCCCGGUUUAUCUCUCCGAGGUGUUGCCCCUGAUUCGCGACCAGGGUGUCGCCUACUGGCACGGCCGAGACAAAUGUCUCCGUCCCCUGCUGAUCAUUUGCGUCGAGAAGAUGCAACGUGUGCAACAGCAGUCAGGACGGGACAUUGAAGAAGACCCUGUUACGCGCGCUAUCAUCUUCUGCCUCGAAUUUUUCCUGAGCCUCCUCCAAGCCUCGUAUCGCGGGCGCAUGUAUCGCUUUUAUCUGCUCAACACGCCGCGCUUCUUCCACAUGCUCUCGCGGCCGCUCCUGGCCGCCAUGCCCGCAAGUAGUGCGAAGAAACUGCGCGUCUUUGGGAGUCCGGAAGCUUGGAUAGACGAACGAAAAGCUAACUUCGCCUGCCAUCAACUCGAAGCCAAGUACGGCGGCUCGCAACCGAACAUUGAACAAGGCUGGUUUCCCUUCCGGUUCUUUCCAGGGCCCUUCGAACCCGACACGCCUGCCGAGAAAAUCCGGUGGGACAGUCUAGCCUUUCUGCACCAGGAGGCGCCGCCGUCGGUCCACACGGGUUUCUCUCUGCAUUCUUCUCUCGUUCCGCCGCACUGUCUAGCUACUCCCUCCCCCUGCGGCUCCACAGCAACGUCCUCACCCACCUACAACGGCCACCUGUGCGACAGGCACCUGCCGCCUUCGCGGACUGCGUCUCCUGACCUGUCGUCAUCGUCUGUUUCUGCAUCUCGCUCUUCCUGUUCCGCCUCUGUCGCGGCGUCCUCUGGAGGGAGCGAGCUGUCUCUGAAGGGAAGCGAGUGUCUCCCUGGGAAACCUGCGCGCUUUGCCUAUUGGGCGUCUGCGGUCCAUUCUCUCUCUCUUCCUGCCACGACUGCGGAGUGGCUGAACCAACGGUUUGGUCGACCGGCAGAAGGGCUAGAGAGAGAAGAGAGGGAGCGAGGCGUGCGUCUCUCGCUCGCCGCGUCGCCUUACCGCCUCUCCGAGUCUCCCACACUUCAAAGAACGCACUCGCUGUGUGACCGUUUUCCGUCUUCGCAUCCUCGUACAGUCUCGUCUCCCUCUCGCUCUCUCCCGCCUACCUCUGCCGUCUCUCCUGUCUCUCCUGUUCCUUCGGGCUGCGCUUCUUCCUUCCUUGCUUCGCGGCCCGUCUCUGCCGCGCUGUCGCCUCUCUCUUCCCUUCACUCAUCUCUUCCGAGUCCCUCUCAGAGCUGCUUUCAGCCGACGACCUCGAUGGCGCAGGUACGCGAGCGCUGGGCAGCAGAGAAGGCCGCAAGUCUCCUCGCAGCACAUUCGGGCGGGGAAGACUCGCCUUCGCGCAUUGCGUGCUUGGAGGAGAUUCGAGAAGAAGGCGCGUCUGUGCACGAAAAAGAGGACCACACUCAGGGAGAGGUAGAGAGAGAGGGCGCAGAGGACUCAAACGCUGAGGCGGGAAGCGCUGCAUGCGGCAAAGCUUCGCUGGGUCAGACCGAGGGGCGGAGAGAGGAACCGGUUGGGCUCCAGAUCGACGGACGGCACACCGAGGUGGAAGAGGAGACACGUCAAGGGGCCCGAACGGCGGAGGCAGGAAAGGAAGGGCGUGCAAAGCGUUUGGGGUCGGCAGACCACGAAGCGACGCGGAAUCCGACAGACGAAGGGGAGCGUGCGGUGGGCGCUGGGCCCUCGGACGAAGAGAGCACUUUGGGAAGAAAAGGCGAAGAAACGCCCGCCUGGAAGACCCGAGACGCACCCGCCGCAGCGGGGUCACCCCUAUCCGCCGCACCAGACUCGUCGACGGCGUGCCUGUUCGCAAAUGGUGUGUCUCCGAAAGAAUCGGAAACGCCGAUUCCAACAAAUUUGGCCGUCGGCGCUCGGGAGACGGCGGCCCCCGACGGCGAGUUUCCGGCUGCAUCGUCUGGUGAAGGGGGCGAGGGCCGCGUGCCGGCUGCUCCCCGCUCGAAAAGGAGAGGAGAGCGUUUCAAGAGAAGAAAGAGAGGAGGAAAUGAGGAAGAGGAGCCGACGCUCUCGCUGUCGGCGUCUUCGUCACUGGCUUUCGUUCUCUGGAAAAGAAAGCUCCGGCUCUCUGCAGGCGACCGGGAUCCUGUCCAAGGGCUGUUGACGCGAUUGCCUAAUGCUGCUGUCUUUCCGCCUGAAAGGCGCGCUGGCGACGAAGGGUGGCUGUCGGCGGAGGAGCCGUGGGGGAAAGGGCGUCGUCGCCUGGCUGCGGGGAAAGCUCGCGUUUUGCGGCGAAAAUCGAAAAACGCAAGUCGGUCGAGUGCGGCGCUCGCUGCUCGGUCGAGCUCCGGCUAUUCAAAGGGCGACUCCACGUCUCACGAAGGAGCCGAGGAGACGCGUGUCUUCUCCGCGCCUCCUGCACUCUCUGAGGUCCGCCGGGGAAAGGAGACAGGCCGAAGGUGGCGCAAGCCGCGUGCGGAGAGAGGAAAGGGAGACGGCAGCGGCGCGUCCGUGAGUCGUCGGCUGUUCGGCUCACGCGACAGCGAGACGGACAAGAGAGAAAUGGCCGAGGGCCGUCCCUCCCAGGUCUUCGGGCAGCUUUCGCCUGCUGAGAAGAACGCGGAGGCGACUGUCUCUCCGUCUGUCUCUUCCAUGCGGCGGUUCGCCUCGCUCUCGGGGGCUGCGACGCACAGGGCAUGCGCCCCGUGGCGGGCCUUGCGACUCGGGCGGUGGCGCACGCAGUCCCCUGGAACGGCAGGUGGCCGCGGGAGCACGCAGCUGGAUGUCGCCUUGCCCGCAGAGGCAACUUCGUCUGCUCUUCGCCACCCCGAAACGUUUCGGCCGCGGUCCUGGACAAAAGGAGACACGUUAUGGGUGUCCCCAACGGAGACGGGACAGCUUUGGGGCGUGACGUUUUCGUUAGGAGGAGAGACAGGGGACUACCGCAGGUAUAGCCUACAGGCCGGAGGGGAGAGCGCGCGAGCGCCAGGCCGAGCUGAUGUGACUCCUCACUGUCGAGACCAAUCCUUCCAAGAGCUUCCCCCAGGGCUCUCUCCCCCUGUGGCCGCAUCGCCCUGUGGGAGUGUCUCAGACUCCCAGUCCUCACCCCACUCGCGUGCAGAAAGGCCCGACGAAGGUGUGGGGCGGCCCCGCCGAAGGCGGUUCCUCUCUCGAAGAUAUUCCCGCGGAAGGGGACUGAAGGAGCGGGAGAAGCAAGGCCAUACAGGAGGGGAGAGACAGGCCCCCGUGUCGCAUUUGCAAAGUGUUGCGGUUCGAAGGAGACAGUGGCUCGGGAGGCAAAGACCUCUCGACUCUCAUCGCGGACCGCAGCUCGGCAAAGCGCCUUCGACCAACCAGGCUGUCCCUGCCGGCCGUCUGAGCACUGCAUGCGCAGAUCCCAGAGUCGCUUCUUCGGGGAAGCUCUCGACGGAGUUCGAAGCGGAGACCGCUACUGGGGUGAACCACGGAACUUCUCCGCGAGUGGAUGCGCGGAGCCUACCAGCGGAGCAGCCGGCGUGUGCUGGCGGGCCCUCGCAGAGAGACAGUGAAUCUCCCGCGCGCGCAGGCGUUCGGAGCGGAGGAGACAGCAGAGGGCAGAGUGUAACUCCAGCAGAAAAGGCAAGCAGCGGCCGUGCGAGUGCUCCGUCACUCCCAGGGAAUCUGCCGCCUUCCUCGUUCCCAGCUGGCGGAGGGUCUCUCGACUGUGGUCCCCUGGCAGGCAACGCAGUCGAGCAGGAAGGGAGUCCCCUAGACGUACGCCGGGCAGAAACCCAGAAACGGAGAGGGGACGAGCAGCCAGAAAAGGCGGAUUCUACACCCGACGCGGGGGUGUCUGGAGACUUCACCUCCCCAGCUUCGCCCUCCCAGAACACGCUUCACGAAGAGCGGUGCCCUCUGCAAGGGGGUGCUCAGAACCGAGCGGCGCUCUCGGAGUGCCCAAGUGAGUCGAGUGUUCUGGAGCCAGAGAGAGGGUCGACCAGUCCCACAGGGCGCCUUCCCGUGGCCGACAGAGGCGUGCUCUCGAGCGAAACAGGGAUUCCAGAGGCUCGCUGUUUGCCGGUGGAUGCUCUUCCAGGGCGGUCUCCCUCUUCUCUGCUCCAUCCCCGCGCGUGCGGAACGCCCUUGUUCGACAGCCUCGCGGGUUCAGGCGAUGUGGAGGAGAGAAAGGCGGCGCAAAUUCAGCUGAACGCCGACUCGGUGUGCGGGAUUUUGAAGCCGGAAAACUUCUUCCCCAGUCCGCUGUCCGCCGUUCUGCAGGCGUCUGUGGAGGGCCGUUUGUCCCCCCUGGCUGAAGACGUCGCGCGAGAGAGUGUCGCAACCCCCGACUCCGAGAACGACGAGAAAAGCGUGGAGCUCGUGAGUUUCGCAGUGAGGAGCGAGGUGGACAGUGCCCGCGUUUUGUGUUCGGACUCGGAAGAAACUGAGGACGAGGCAGCCGACGCAUUCGACGCGAGUGGACAAAUCGAUGCCGGUGAGACCGAGACAAAGGGAACUGACCGUCGCUUCGGGGGUACGCCGGAACGCCCUCUCGAAGAAAAAGUCGAAGGCGGUGGACCUGGACGGCGAGAAGCAGGGAAGGUUCGCCCAGACGCACGUCCGCUGGACGAGGGAACAUCGCGGGGUGACAGGGAAGACAGUCGAGCGGUUCGCAGCCCAGUGAGGUUGGCGAAGUGUUCCUCGCUAAGCGACACAGAGAGAAAGACUGAGAACGAACCAGGCUCACCAGGCGACACUUUCGCGUCGGGAUCGCUGCAGAGGACGCGGUCCUCGGCGACUGUGUCAGCUUCUGCAAAUGCGUCGCUCUCGAGUCCGUACUUUGCAUGUGGACGAGCCCCACCUGUCGGACCCGAGCAAGAGUCUCGUCGAGGUGGAGAGGCCAUAGCCCCCGCCGGCGCGGCAGAUGCGCAGGGAGCACGCGCGAGGGGCAAAGACGAGUUUCUCGGUUCUCCAUGGGACGGGUGCGAGAAGGGAGACUGGAAUGAACGCAGCGACAGACAAGAAUUGGAACGGGGUCUAGGACAACAGGAAGGCAGCGGUGAGAGAGAAGAAACCGGAGGGCUCGAGGUGUCUCCGCGGGGUACGGGCGUCGACGACCUUGCUUCACACAAGCCGACUGGGUGUGAGGAGCUGCGCGAAUCUAGAGCAAAAGAGAGCGAGAGAGACUGGAGACCCGGCGCGGGUAGCCGUGCGGGGGGGAGAGACACCAGAAGCUGUGUGGGCCCCAUGCGGAAGUCACGGGGGAGAAGACAGCAGCUAAAAAAAACGCUGGUGUCCUGUUUUUGGAAGUCUCGAGAUGCCUUCGUCUUGGAGCCGGAGACGCAGGUUGAGGGAGAAAGAUACGAGGGCAGUGGCAACGCUGGCCACGAGCCGCCUUCGCCGGAAAAUGCUUGUGUGAACGCGUACAGUCGAGGAGUUGAUGGCCAGUAG